GUCUUAUCCCGCAGUGGCCUAUCACAGCUGCUUUAAUAAAAAGCUAAUAUCUCGGGGGCUCUUGCUAUACUUAUACUGUGGAUCAGGGGCAGAGGGGAUCCCAGAAGUGGCACGGGGCAUCAUCACACAGAGUCAUUCGGAGCAGAGACGGUGCACACCGCCUUGCCUGCUCCGCCGUGCGGUAGGAGGGGUUGUAGUGACGCUGUUAUCCAAUGGGCACCGGCUUCCUCCGGACGGAGCGCAGCAUCUCUGUCUCAGCGGCACUUUUGCGCCAGACAAGUACGGUCGGCGUCUCACUCAGCAGUGGAGAAGAGGAAGACAGCGGUCCGGGAAUUACUGAGGUGUAUUUGGCGAAGAAGACUCAUCUUUUCCUCUUUUUCCCCCCCACCAACACGCGGGUUUUGCAAAGAUGAACGCUGGCUGCGUCAUCUUGGCGUGCACCUUACUUGUGGGCGCAUCCUCGGGGAGUAAGGCAGGCCAGCCCCUCAAACCCCCGUGCAGACCAGGCUUCUCCCAGAACUUCUACACGGUGAUUGUCUCAAGAGACGUACUGCACGGCCAGAGCAUUCUUAAAGAUACCACCCUGUCCAGUGAACGUGUGAAGUUUGAGGACUGCCAGCGCAACAGAGAGGUCGGCUUCGUCAGCAGCGACCCCAACUUUAGCGUGCGGCCCGAUGGGACUGUGUAUGCCGAGCAGGAGGUGGCCAACCUGUCAGAGCCUGUCCAGUUCAUGGUAACAGCCCGGGGGCUCCAUGACCCACACAUCUGGGAGACCACUGUUAAACUGGCCCUGGCUGGACAUCCGCAUCCUUUGCCAUUCACAAAGAUUGGCAUUGAGGAAAUGCUGUCAAGAGUCUGGGACUCACCACCCAGGGUUAUCAAGUUCCUUCGAAAACAUCAGCGAGGCUCCUCUGCCAACGGGCUGAGGCGACAGAAGCGAGACUGGGUCAUCCCGCCUAUUAAUGUGCCUGAAAACUCCAGAGGACCUUUCCCUCAUAUGCUUGUCAGAAUCCGCUCGGAUCAGGAUAAGGAUGUCGGCAUCCGCUACAGCAUCACCGGAGCAGGCGCUGAUCAGCCCCCGAGUGGUAUCUACAACAUAGAUCCCAUCAGCGGCAACAUGUUUGUCACCCAACCUCUGGACAGAGAGGAAAGAGCCUCCUUCCAUCUGCGUGCACAUGCAGUGGACAUGAACGGGAACCAGGUGGAGAAUCCGAUCGACCUGUACAUCUAUGUGAUCGACAUGAAUGACAACAGACCCGAGUUUCAAAACCAGGUGUAUAACGGCUCUGUGGCAGAAGGAUCCAAACCAGGCUCGUCUGUGAUGCAGGUUACCGCCACAGACUCGGACGACUCCACCACAGCGAACGGCAUGGUGCGCUACCGCAUCCUUUCCCAGAGCCCCCACAGCCCCAUCCCCAACAUGUUCACCAUCAACAGUGAGACUGGAGACAUAGUUACGGUGGCAGCCGGCCUGGACAGAGAGAAAGUCUCUCAGUACACCAUUAUUGUCCAGGCCACUGACAUGGAGGGCAACCUGAAUUUUGGACUCUCCAACACAGCCACCGCCCUCAUCUCUAUUACAGACAUCAACGACAACCCGCCUGAACUGACAGUGAGGACGUUUUCCGGGGAGGUUCCGGAGAACAAAGUAAACGUGGUGGUGACCAACCUGACAGUGGUGGACCGGGAUCAGCCCCACAGUCCCAACUGGAACGCAGUCUAUCGCAUUGUCAGCGGAGACCCAUCUGGACACUUCACCAUCCGCACCAAUCCCAUCACAAACGAGGGCAUGCUGACCGUGGUCAAGCCCGUGGAUUUUGAGUUUAAUCGUGCCUUCAUGCUAACUGUGGUGGUGUCCAACCAGGCCCACUUGGCCAGUGGCAUCCAGUCCUCGCUUCAGUCCACAGCAGGCGUAACCAUCUCUGUGCAGGAUGUGAAUGAGCCGCCUGUCUUCCCCGUCAACCCAAAAGUGAUUCGCUUUGAAGAAGGUGUGCCAGCAGGGACCACUCUUACCGUGUUUGCGGCUCAAGACCCGGACCACUUUAUUCACCAGACUGUCAGGUACUCUAAGUUAUCAGAUCCAGCGAACUGGCUGAAGAUUAACAGGACCAAUGGUCAGAUCACCACCAUGGCCCUGCUCGACCGGGAGUCCAUAUAUGUCAAGAACAAUGUGUACGAGGCAACAUUCCUGGCAUUCGACAAUGGUAAGUCUGGUUCGCCUCAAGCCAGCGGGACAGGAACCCUCCAGAUCAACUUGAUCGACGUAAACGACAACGCGCCCGUGCUGAUACCCCGGGAGGCGCAAGUGUGCGAACGAGCACGCCCCAACUCUAGGAUCAACAUCACAGCUUCCGAUGCUGAUGCCGAACCCAACAUAGGGCCGUUUGUCUUCGAGCUGCCUUCUUUUCCUGCAAGCGUUCGACGAAACUGGACCAUUUCCAGACUGAACGGUGACUAUGCUCAGCUAAGGCUUAGGAUUCCCUACCUGGAAGCAAGUGUGUACGAGAUUCCCAUCAUUGUGUCAGACUCGGGAAACCCUCCACUGUCCAACCGCUCUGUAAUCAGGGUCAAAGUGUGUCCGUGUGAUGAUAACGGGGACUGUAGUGCAACGGGAGCCGUGGCAGCUGCUGGCCUUGGCACUGGGGCCAUCAUUGCCAUACUUAUCUGCAUCAUCAUACUACUCAGCAUGGUUCUGCUGUUUGUGGUCUGGAUGAAGCGCAGGGAAAAGGAGCGGCAAGCGAAGCCCCUGCUGAUUGACCCUGAGGAUGACGUCAGGGACAACAUCCUCAAGUAUGAUGAAGAGGGAGGAGGAGAGGAGGACCAGGACUACGACUUGAGCCAGCUGCAGCAGCCGGAGUCUCUGGACCACAUCAUCAACAAGCCGACAGGGGUGCGCAGGGUGGAUGAGAGGCCUGUGAUUGCUGAGUCGCAGUACCCUGUCAGACCCAGCUUGCCCCACCCUGGAGACAUAGGCGACUUCAUAAAUGAUGGUCUGAGGGCAGCAGACAACGACCCCACCGCUCCUCCCUACGACUCCCUGCUGGUGUUUGACUACGAGGGCAGCGGUUCCACCGCCGGUUCUGUCAGCUCGCUCAACUCCACCAGCUCAGGGGACCAGGACUACGACUACCUCAACGACUGGGGCCCCCGCUUUAAGAAGCUGGCUGACCUCUACGGAGGAGGGGACGAUGACUGAGAGCGGCGCCGCGGGGCUGGGUGGGGUUGCAGAUGGGAGAGGCGGGACCGGCUGGAUGGACGUUGCUGUAAACAGCAAGGAGUGGCCAAGUACACGACGCAGGCUCCGUGUGAGGAAUGGACCCAUACAUGGGCUGCAUUUGUUUGCUCACAGCAACCAGGCCCGCAAACAUGAAUUCUGCUGCAACGCAACUGUAUUCUGGCUUUAUAUAUUUUAAUUAUUUUUUUUUGUGGCAAAUUUGUAGUGUGAUGUUUCGUUUUUCAUUUUAAUUUUCUUUUGUUAAUCUCUCACUGCGCUGGAUCCGGAUGUCCCAAGGCGGUCAUGAGAGACAGGAGCAGUGAAUUUGUGCUUGGAUUCAUUGUUAAAAAGAAACAAUGUCUCUCGCUUUAGUUUCACACUGAAGAGUAUGUUUUUGGGGAAGACUCUGACUCUCUCUUUAACUCUGUCAACUUGAAUUUCCUUAGAACAGAAGCACUGUCAUUUUAUAAAGUGCCUUUUGUGGUGUGUUUUUUGUAUCAGACUCCUGCUAUCUCAGGAUCGGUUGCCGUUCGUGCAGUACAGUGGAGACACUUCCCCCAUUUCCCGUCGACCACCCCCCAACCCCACCCCAAACAUGCGCUCCUCAAACCGGCCCUGCCUGUCAAUCUCCUCUCCUUUUUCCCAGCCGCCAGUCCCAGGAGGGAAGGACACAGCCAGGGCAUACCAUCGGAUAUCGUAACCCAACAAAUUAUGGCCUGAAGGAACCCACUAAGAGUCGCUAGAGGGAAGAGCACCCUCUUCUCCAGAGGUCUCCGCUGAAGUCCAACUUUCACAAGUUGUCAACACAACUGCAGCGCCCGACGCUGACUUUGUGUGAGACCAUUUUUAUACAUGUGGGGGGGUUUCUAAUUUAGUAGAGAAUGCCUGCCUUUCCUCUGUGGACACACAAGUUUCAGAGCCUAUAUGUUGAGACACUUGCCUGCCCUGUAUGGUUUUGUGUUGCUUUCUCCACAGUGUAAAGCUUACGUAGGCAUGAUCUGAUUAAUCAGUGUAAGAACAAGAAGCUUGAAAUGACUUGGAACAAAGGUGUCAGAGGAAGAUUGUUGGUUUGUUUUAGGGGGUUUUUUGUUUGUUUUUUGGGGGGGGGGGGUCGCCUUGAACAUUCCCGUUUUUUAUAGCCCAACAAAUGUAUUAAAAGGUGCAUGAUUUUUUUUUUCUCCAAAUGUUUUACUCCAAGCACUUGUUACUCUGUGGUGAGAAUGUGAAAAUAGUCUGCAGAAGCUAUAUGAAUAUACUCUGUAAAAAGACACUGAGAAAAUAAAAAUACUGUAAGAUACAUAUUUUUGAAGUAUUGACAUAAAAGUUGCUGCUCUCUCUCUCUCUGUGGCUCUACAGUGAGCUUUAAGGGAUUUUUUGGCCCAUUUGUUUUUAAUAUGUGGGUAUUUAUGUUUUCUGUUUUUUUGUCUUUCUGUUGAAGCAUCAAAUUGUUUUUUUAAGAUGCCUGCUUAUACAUUUUUUAUUUUAUUUUUGUUGGUGUUCUUUUUUUAUUUCAUAAAAUACUUUGAUCUGUUCUUUUUUUUCCAAGUAUAUGAAGACAUGCUCUUUCCGUUUCAGUCUGUAUUGUCUCUGACAGACAUGUUCCUUUUGUUGGCUUCUGGCCUUGGGACACCGGAAAGUUCAUUAGCCACGCCUGCUGAUAGUUGUUCAAUUAAUCAGUGUACUGCAAUUCUUUUAUUCAUUCAUCUAGAUACUGAAUGUGCGCUUCAGAAA